AUGGGUAUGCUUAAUGUCCUCACACCUUUUACACGUAUGAGUGCUUAUAGAAAAUCCUUAAUCCCCCCUCCAUGAGCGAAUAAAAACAAUCUUGCUCUCUCACGGAGGGGUUACUUUUUUUUAAAAAAAAUUAAUAUAUAAAUUUUAUUGAAAAUUUUUUUUUCGAAAUUUAAAAAAAUCCUAAUUCGCAUAAAUUGGAAAGCAAAUAUUAAUUUAAUUUGUAAAAUUUAUAUUUGUUUAAAAUUAAACAGAGUUAGCUCGAGAUUUCAUUAUAAUAAUUAUCACUUAUAAGGAUCCCCCCUCAUUUGUCCAAUUUUCUAGUCUUUUUCUUCUAACUCCCCCCCCCCCCUCCGUGAGCGAACAAAAAAAUUUUGUUCGCUCACGGAGGGGGGUUAAUUUUUUUUUUUUAAAAAAAAAAUAUAUAUAUAAAUUUUAUAAAAAAAAUAUUUUUUUCGAAAUUUAAAAAAAUCCUAAUUUGCAAAAAUUGGGAAGCAAAUAUUAAUUUAAUUUGCAAAAUUUAUGUUUUAAAACGCAAUUUGUUUAAAAUUAAACAGAAUUAGCUCUAGAUUUCAUUAUACUAAUUAUCACUUAUAUAUCAAAAUUUUUUUCCAUUAAUUUUUUUUCUAUUAAAAAAUUUUUGUUCACUCACGGAGGGUGGGUUUUUGGUCAAAAAAUGGCGAUUUUUCUAAUGGUUUUGUUCGCUCACGGAGGGGGGGGGGAGUAAGAAAUUUUUUUUUUUCAGGACUCAUUUGUCCCAAAAUCUAGUCAAAAAUGAUUUGUGUCCUAUUCUAGUCUUUUUUGGAUUUUUUCGAAUGUUCUAAAUUUUAGUUUUUUACUUUAAAAAACUAGAAAAUGAGACAAUUGAGAUCCUGAAAAUUAUCAAAAUUUUGACUAGAAAUUGACAAAUGAGGUCCAAAAAAAAUUUUUUUUCCCCUAUAAAAAAAAUAGAAAAAUGGACAAAUAAUAAAAGACUAGAAAAUUGGACAAAUGAGGGGGGAUCCUUAUAUCAAAAUUUUUUCCCAUAAAAAUUCUUCUAUUAAAAACAUUUUGUUUGCUUAUGGAGGUGGGUUUUUGGGCAAAAAAAUAGGGAUUUUUCUAAUUAUUUUGUUCGCUCAUGGAAGGGGAGUUAGGAAACUACAGCUAUAAAAUUGGAGGCAAGCAUGCUCACAAGAAGCCAGGGCUUGUUCCACUUCAUAUUGUCAAUAAUAUCAAGAAAACCAUCAAAGACAAAUAUCGGCAAAAAUUAACAAUAGCAAAGCUUGAAAGAGAAAGCAAAAAUCUCUAUGGAGAAUUCGUUCAUAAAGGGUUCAGAUACAAUCGACUAAAAACACCAAUUAUUGAGGUUCCUGAUGAUAUUGACAAUUUUGAGGUAAAUUUUAUGUAGCUCAAGCCGUAUGUAUCCUGCCAUAUGCCUAGAAGAGAAGAGAUUGAAGCUAAAGAUAAAGCAGAAAAAGAAGCACAGAAAGAAAUAGAGGAAGGAAAAGAAGAGAAAAAAGAGGAAGAAAGCAAAUAA